AAUUAAAAGAACUUUUACAAAAUCAUCUUUAAAAAAUUAUGAUAUAGCUAAAAUUAGUAUUAUGAAUAAGUUAGCUGUAAUUAAAGAAUUGGAUGAAUUAAUUAAACACCUCCAACAACCAGCUAUUAAUCCUAAGCAAAUGAUUAAAACACCAGCAGGAGGCAACCAAAGAAAAAGAUGCCGAGCCAUUGUUCCCGGACUGAUACCUUGUGAAAAGACCCCUUUGCCAGGAAAAGGUUAUUGUGCCGAACACGAAAAAGAAUUUAAUAAUGAUUAUAAAGAUAUUGAGUUUGCUGCCUGUUUAAGACAAAAUAACUACAUUCCAGCAACUGCCUUUCAAGAAAAAAUUUUAGAUUUAAGUGAUUUUGUAAAUUUAAAGGAACUAAAUUGCUCUGAUAAUAAACUUAGUGGAUCCUUAAAAACUUUGCAAAACUUAACUAAAUUAAAAGUAUUGAAUAUUAAUGAUACUGAUAUAGAUAGUGGUUUAGAGUAUUUACCAGAGAGUGUGAAAUAUUUUUCUUGUUCGGCAUAUGGAAAAGAUGCUAAAUGUAAAAUAAUCUAUAAUUUAUUUGCUGAUAAACAAGGGAAAAUAGAAACAAAAUGA